AUAAGGCUGAGACUUAAUAAUGGGGACUGUGGGCCCCUCGCAGUGACCAGGCUGCUGCAGAGAUGGCCAGCAGGAAGGCGGGGAACCGGGUCAAGGCCACAGCCACCAAGCAGGCCCAACGUGGCUCUUCCAAUGUGUUCUCCAUGUUCGAGCAAGCCCAGAUCCAGGAAUUCAAGGAAGGGUGGGAGCUGCUUCCCCCAGGAGACUGGCCUCCCACUGCACAGGCCUUCAGCUGCAUAGACCAAAACCGCGAUGGCAUCAUCUGCAAGCUGGACCUUCGGGAGACCUACUCCCAGCUGGGGAAGGUGGGUGUACCUGAGGAGGAGCUGGAUGCCAUGCUGCAGGAGGGGAAGGGCCCCAUUAAUUUCACAGUCUUCCUCACACUCUUUGGGGAAAAGCUGAAUGGGACAGACCCUGAGGAAGCCAUCCUGAGUGCCUUCCGUGUGUUUGACCCCAGUGGCAAGGGCGUGGUGAGCAAGGAGGAGUUCAAGCAGCUUCUCAUGACCCAGGCAGACAAAUUCUCUCUGGCUGAGGUGGAGCAGAUGUUUGCCCUGACACCCGUGGACCUGGCAGGAAACAUCGACUACAAGUCCCUCUGCUACAUCAUCACCCACGGGGACGAGAGAGAGGAGUGACCCAGGGGUGGCUGUGACCCAGGGCCAGAUCCUCGGGGACACCCCAAUAAACAUUAUUUCUGAA